AUGACGAGCGCCCCCAACCUCGAACACGACGCCAUCACGCAGGCGGGCCUCGUCGAUGCCGAGCACAAGGGCAUCGUCGUCAACCCUGCCCGCGGCUCCAUGGACGUCCGCAAGGGCUCCGUCACGCGCCACUCGCUGGCUGGCGUGUCGGUCGAAGAAGAGGAGUACGACGGCAAGCCGACCGAGGAGGAAAUGCACACGCUGCGCCGCGUCUCGGGCAAGAUCAUGUGGAGCAUGUGGACCAUCGCCUUUGUCGAGCUCUGCGAGCGCUUCUCCUACUACGGCACUUCGGUUCUCUACACAAACUUCAUCAACCGUCCGCUGCCCGUCGACUCCACCACCGGCGCUCCCCAGCACCCGGGCGACCUCCCCGGUGCCCUAGGCAUGGGCCCCAAGGCUGCUCAGGGGCUUAACCUCUUCAAUAUGUUCUUUGCCUAUCUGAUGCCUCUCGUCGGUGCCUGGAUUGCCGAUGCGCGCAUGGGUCGUUUCUGGACUCUGCAUCUAGCCAUUGGCGUUUCCACCAUCGCCCACGUCAUCUUGGUCGUUGCCGCGUCCCCGGGCGUCCUCGCCAAUAACAAGGGCUCCUUCGCCUGCUUCAUCAUCGGCCUCCUGACCCUCUGCGUCGGUACCGGCUUCUUCAAGGCCAACGUUUCUCCGCUCCUGGCUGAUCAAAACGAGGACGUCCGGCCGCGUAUUGAGGUCCGCAAGGGCGAGCGCGUCAUUGUCGACCCUGCCGUCACAAACACCCGCAUCUUCCUCUACUUCUACUUCUGCAUCAACGUCGGCUCACUCACCGGCCAGAUUGGCAUGGUCUACGUUGAAAAGUACGUGGGCUUCUGGGUCGCCUUCAUCAUCCCCACCGGCCUCUUCCUCCUGGCUCCCUUCGUCCUCUGGUCGCAGAAAAAGAGCUACAAGCUCAAGCCCCCUACGGGCUCGCUGCUCUCCAAGUUCUUCCGCAUGUUCAUCUUUGUCCGCAAGCGCUCGUCCUUGACCAAGUUCAGCUGGGAGGUGGCCAAGCCAUCGAACGUUCCCGUCGCGGAGCGCCCGAGCUGGAUGACAUACGACGAUGCCUGGGUCGACGAGGUUCGACGCGGUCUCAAGGCCUGCAAGGUCUUCCUCUUCCUGCCCAUCUUCUUCCUCUCCUACAACCAGAUGACCGGCAACUUGACCAUUCAGGCCGGCACCUUGGAGCUGCACGGCGUGCCCAACGACAUUAUCCAAAACCUCAACCCUAUCUCUAUUCUCAUCAUGAUCCCCCUCAUCGACCACGUCCUGUACCCCGGACUCCGGAAACUCGGCAUUGCCUUUACGCCCAUCAAGCGAAUGACGACCGGCUUUAUCAUCGCCGCCUUGUCCAUGGUUGCCUCGGCCGUCAUGCAAUACUACAUCUACCAGAAAAGCCCUUGCGGCUGGUAUGCCAACAAACUCAUCCUGGUCGAUGGCGUCGAAAAGGCAUGCCCGCCAGCGCCCAUCAACGUGUGGGCCCAAUGUUUGCCGUACAUCUUCAUUGGCAUUGCCGAAAUCUUUGCAAACGUCACAUCGUAUGAGUACGCCUACUCCAAGGCUCCGGAGAACAUGAAGUCUCUGGUCAUGAGCGUUAACCUCUUCAUGAGCGCCAUCUCCGCCGCCCUUGGCCAAGCCUUUACCCCCCUCUCUGACGACCCGUACCUCGUGUGGAACUACACCGCCGUCGCCUGCAUUGCCAUGGUUGGCGGAGUUACUUUCUGGUUCUGCUUCCGACAUCUCGAUUCCGACGAAGACAAGUGGAACUUGCUGAAGAGGUCCGAAUUUAUCGGCAAGCAGCAGCCGGGCUUGAGCAAGGCUCACGAAGCGGGCGAAGAGGCUUAA